GCGGCGGCCACCACCCACCAUCAGAAAAGGGGGAGCAGCAGAGUGCUUCGAGCGGCGACGGAAUGGGCAGAAGAGGAAGACGGUCUCGCACUCAGAGGAAGCAUUUUAAGGAGAGCAGAGAGAAUGUUUGGAAGCGACCGAAAACCGAUCCUUCCUCCGAUCCCAAUAACCCCAACGGCGACAACCCCUCCUGGCAGCCUUUCGCCACCCAGAACCCUGCCUUCGACGAAUAUUACAAGGAGCAAGGGAUAGUGUCACCGGAAGAGUGGGAUACCUUCGUGGAAAUGCUCCGGAAACCUUUGCCUGCUGCUUUCCGGAUUAAUUCCAGUGGCCAAUUUUUUGAAGACAUCAGGUCCAUAUUAGAGAAUGACUUUAUGAAAUCUCUCCAAUCUGAGGCCAUUGAAGGAGGUGAACUGGUGGCCAUGAAACCAUUGCCUUGGUACCCUGAUAAUCUUGCAUGGCAUUCAAAUUUUUCCCGCAUGCAGAUAAGGAAAAACCAAACUCUAGAAAGGUUUCAUGAGUUUUUAAAGCUAGAAAAUGAGAUUGGGAACAUCACUAGACAAGAGGCUGUCAGCAUGGUGCCUCCUCUCUUCCUAGAUGUACACCCAGAUCAUUUUGUACUUGAUAUGUGUGCAGCACCAGGUUCAAAAACUUUUCAGUUACUUGAGAUUAUUCACCAGUCAUCAAAGCCAGGAUCACUACCUGAUGGAAUGGUUAUAGCCAAUGAUCUUGAUGUCCAAAGGUGUAAUCUUCUCAUUCACCAAACAAAAAGAAUGUGCACUGCCAACCUCAUCGUUACAAACCAUGAAGCUCAACAUUUCCCUGGUUGCCGUUUGAACAAAAAUUGUUCACGUGGUCCACAAAUGAUGAAUGAAUUAGAGCCUAGCAUCAGUCAACUUCUCUUUGAUCGCGUCCUAUGUGAUGUUCCUUGCAGUGGAGACGGUACCCUUCGCAAGGCUCCAGAUAUAUGGCGCAAAUGGAAUACAGGAAUGGGCAAUGGAAUCCAUAUCCUGCAAGUGCAGAUUGCCAUGCGAGGUCUAUCUCUGCUCAAAGUUGGUGGACGAAUGGUUUACUCAACCUGCUCAAUGAAUCCAGUUGAAAAUGAAGCUGUAGUUGCUGAGAUUCUACGGAGAUGUGGAGGGUCUGUGGAACUGGUUGAUGUCUCUGGUGAGCUUCCUCAACUACUUCGACGGCCAGGUCUUAGAAAAUGGAAGGUACGUGAUAGGGGAGUUUGGUUAGCUUCCUACAAGGAUGUUCCCAAAUUCCGAAGAAGUGCCAUAGUCGCCAGCAUGUUUCCUUCUGGCAGAAGUUAUGUGGACACAGCUGACAGAAUCCAGAAGUGUGAGAAUGGUGGAACAGUACAUCCUGAAAAUGAAAGCCAACCAGCAGAAAAUCCUAGAACAUCAACUGAUGAUUUGGAGGAGGAAGUUUCUGAUCUCCCACUAGAACACUGCAUUAGGAUGGUUCCUCAUGAUCAGAACACUGGAGCCUUUUUCAUUGCUGUCCUCCACAAACUUUCCCCCUUGCCAGCGACUCAGGACAAAUCUAUUAAUGCGCAAGAGAAUCAGUCCACUGGAAAUGAUGAACUGCUUGAAAAUAAGCACGUUAUUGAAAAUACAAAACUUGAUUCAGUGGAUGGAACAGACGAGAUGAUAUUGGAAGCAGCUUCAGAGGCUGACUUGGUUGAUGAUGAACUAGAUGGAGCUACCUUGGAACCCAAGCCUUCAGAAGCUGCUCAGGAGCCUGCUGAUAAUAAAACUGACUUGGCAAAAUCUGUAGGGAAGAGAAAGUUGCAGAUUCAAGGCAAGUGGAGAGGGGUUGAUCCAGUUGUUUUCUUCAAAGAUGAAACUAUUAUUAACAGCAUUAAGACAUUUUAUGGUAUUGAUGAAGCCUUCCCAUUCAGUGGCCACCUUGUCACAAGAAACAAUGAAACUAACCAUGUGAAGAGAAUUUACUAUAUUUCGAAAUCAGUCAAGGAUGUUCUUGAACUCAAUUUCAAAGUCGGCCAGCAACUAAAGAUAACUUCCAUUGGCCUGAAGAUGUUUGAACGCCAAUCAUCAAGAGAAGGCACCUCUGCUCCAUGCUUAUUCCGGAUAUCAUCAGAAGGGUUGCCAGUGAUUCUUCCAUAUGUUAGAAAACAAAUUCUAUUUGCAGCUCCUUUAGACUUCAAACAUCUUUUGCAGUAUAAAGCAGUCAAAUUUGCCGACUUUGUUGACGCUGAGUUUGGUCAGAAGGCAGCAAACCUAAUGUUGGGUUGCUGUAUUAUAGUUUUGAGAGAUGAUAGCAAAACGGUGUCAGAUCCAAUCCAAGUGGAUGGAUCCACCAUAGCCAUUGGCUGCUGGAAGGGUAGAGGCAGUUUGAGUGUGAUGGUGACUGCAAUCGAUUGCCAGGAAUUACUAGAAAGACUCGCAACACGUAUGGAGAGUGAAGAUGCAACUCCAACUCCCAAAAAUAAUGUUGAACCAGAGCAAGCAGAGGAUGUUAAUGGUAUUGAAAAGGACACCACACCAGCCACUGAUAACUGAAAAACUUUUAUGAGCAAAUCAUGCUUGUACUUUUUUACUCUUACUAAUUAAGUUACCUUGUCAACCAAACACAGUUGCAGUGGAUAUGGCAGAACAUUAAGGUUUGACAUAUACCUGAUUUUUAAGAUAUAAUGUGAUUUUUUAUUCGAUGAUCUGUUGUGAAAUUUUAUUGCUGUAAUACAUAAAUGCAAUUUUG